ACCAACAAUACAAUGAGAUAUAUUCUUUAAAGUACAAAUACAUAGCGACUUCCGUGCUGUGUAAUUAAUUUAUUAAUAAACAAGCUUACGUUGGUAGUUGCUUGUGAUGUCAUCAGUCUGCGACAGAACUCGCACAUGGGCAUGUCAGCACGGCAUGUUAGCGCAAACGGGCUACCUGUGACAAAAUGUGUGUAUAGGCUGAUCUGUUCUUUACUGCAUGGUAAUCGUUUUAAACGGAUACGUGUACCGGGUGACGUUUCUGCUUCGUUGGAUAAAAUCGUAGUAAAUAGAAAUAUAACGAAAUAUAAACAUCUUAAAGGAUAUCUUCACGCCACAUUUAGUGCUUUCAGCAUCAUGGAGACCAAGGAGUUAAACGAUGCAGGAAUAGAAAAGGAGCAGGGAGUACACGAAAGCUGCAAGAAAAGGAAAAACGACGACCCUGAAGAGGAGCACGAGAAAAACAAACGGGGUAAGAAGCGAAAGGGAGGCAAACAGAGGAAACCUGGUGAUAGAUAUGUUCCUCCACCACAGAAACGCAACCCCGGAGUAAGUUUUAACCAAGAACACUUCGCAGAAACGUCGUACUACUUUGAGGAAGGACUUAGAAAAGUGCACCCUUAUUAUUUUGAUUUUAAGACUUACUGCAAGGGUCGUUGGAUCGGUAAAACAUUAUUAGAGGUUUUCAGCAGUGAAUUUCGUGCAGAACCCCUUAAUUACUACAAGAAAGCAGUUAAAGAAGGACGUAUUCGCCUGAAUGAAAUACCUGUGGACGACUUAAAUAUAACACUAAAGAACAAUGACUUCAUGAGAAACACUGUGCAUCGCCAUGAGCCCCCUGUUAAUGGGCAGCCACUGCAGGUCUUGGUGGAUGAUGGUGAAGUUGUGGUGGUAGACAAGCCUGCCUCACUUCCUGUACAUCCAUGUGGCCGUUAUCGCCACAACACCGUCAUCUUCAUUCUGGGGAAAGAGAGAGGUCUUAGUGGCCUUCACACCGUUCAUCGCCUCGAUCGCCUCACCUCAGGCAUCCUGCUGUUUGCUCGCACACUGGAGAUGUCCCAGAAAUUGGACCAGAUGGUUCGGGAUCGACAGUUGGAGAAGGAGUAUGUUUGUCGUGUGGAGGGGGAGUUUCCUGACGGUGAGGUUGUGUGUGAAGAACCAAUUAUGGUAGUCUCAUUCAAGGUGGGUCUCUGCAGAGUGGAUCCCAAAGGCAAAGACUCGCGUACGGUUUUCCAGAAACUCAGCUACAAUGGGUGCUCUAGUGUGGUGCGCUGUCUCCCACUCACAGGGCGCACGCACCAGAUCCGCGUACAUCUCCAGUAUCUCGGCUUCCCCAUCCUCAAUGACCCCAUUUAUGGCUCUUCUGCUUGGGGCCCGAACAGAGGCAAGGGAGGUCUGGUGGGUAAAAAUGAUCAGGAGCUGCUGGAAGCUCUUAUUGAAGAGCAUCGUUCCAAGGAGAGUUUGCACCUCUUGGAUAUCACAGAUGAAGUUGUAUCUGGAAAGAGUGAGCUUGAUGCAGGCACCAGCAGCGGUGCUCUGGUUAACAAUGCACUGACUGUCAAGGAUGAAUCUGGAAACGCUGCAAAAGAAGACUGCGAAGAAUCAACUUCAAAUGACAAGGAAGCAGAAAUGAACAUUACACAGGCAGCUGAGAAGAAUUAUGAAUUAUCCAGAACUGCAGAUGCAACCAAAGUAGUCAGAGAUCAUUUAUGUUCAGAGUGUAAAAUUGUUCGACCUGACCCUACAGCAAAGGAGCUGGUCAUGUACUUGCAUGCAUUACGCUACAAAGGACCUGACUUUGAGUAUUCCACACAAUUGCCUGACUGGGCAAAAGAAGACUGGGUGCAGAAUUGAAUUGCUUUUUAAGAAUAGAUUUUUUUUUUACAUUAUUUCCUGUUCUUUAAGAAUGUUUAAUCUGUAGUAAAAAAAAAAAAAAUAGUGAAUGGAAAUGGCUGGCAUUUUAAUUUAUAUAUUUAAAAAAAAAAGAUCCGUGGUCCAAACUUUAAAUGAAAAUUUCUGUAACCAUUCAAAAAGCUAAGUAAAAAAUGAUUGGAAAUAGAGACACCA